AGGUUACAAAGUCUUAUUGAUAUCCGGUUUGCAUGGUUGAAGAUGUAUUUGCUAAGUGUAGUCUGGAAUAUUGCUACUUUAGCAAUAAUUCUGGGUUAUUUGACCGUCGAAUAUAGUUCCUACUUCCCAACGUUCAUCCAUGAUCUGUAUUUAUUUGGGAAAGUCCGUAAAUUAGAUGGUUUCAAGUUACCUGAUAGCAUUGUGCAGGUGCCCAAAAGCUGGUUCCGCCAUUUCUAUCUGACGGGCGUAGUGGUAAACUCUGCUGUAUUAGCUGUCACCCUCUACACAUUUUGUGGAUCUGGAGUAUGGCCGGAAUGCUUCAAAGAAUUUUUAACGUUCAUUGGAAACCCUGGCAAGGAGUCGGAAGACACAGAUCUGACUGCUCCGCUUCCAAUCGUGCUGGCUAUUGUGAUGGAAGAGAUUCAAGUGGUCCGUAGAACUAUAGAAACCCUGUGCAUCAACAGUUACUCAACUAGUAAAAUGAGUCUGGUCAUCUACGUCGUUGGAAUGUUGUUUUACUCCAGCAUCGGUAUAUCUAUUCUGUCGCUCUCCAAGGCAGGAACAGUUUCCUUCGAUGAUUUCAAUUCCCUGUCAUGGCUGCAAUGGUAUGCUGUGGCCCUGUUUCUGUAUGCCAGUUACAAACAGUACCAUGUUAAUAGGAUAAUGGCCAAGUUACGACAGGACAAAAAUGGUAAUGUGACCAACACCAAGCACCACAUUCCACAUGGCGACCUGUUUGAGUAUGUGUCCUGUCCUCAUUUUCUGAUGGAGAUAAUCAUCUACUUCGCCAUCACCACAGUGGUUGGCUGGGAACACGAGGUCUGUAUGUGUCUUUGGCUGUUUGUACUUACGAACCAGCUGAUUGAGGGAUAUCUUGUGCACAGAUGGUACAAGGAAGUGUUUCCCAACUAUCCACCGGAGCGCAAAGCUGUUGUGCCAUAUCUUCUCUAGCUGGCAACAUACCACAACAAGAAGGCAAAAAGACCAUCAAACAUACCCACCUCAAUUUUUGAUACACAAACAUACUUUUUUCGUAGGUUGUCAUUUUUGUCUCCCCGCCACGAGGUGGAAGCUAGAGUAAGGUGGUGCUUUUCCGGAGAUUGUGGCGACGGCGUCAACAUUAAGUGUUUGUAUCUAAGUUAGUUUCACUAAAAGUAUAGGUGCUAGACCAUCCAAACUUGGACCAUAGAUGCAUCUUAGGUAGUACAUCUCAACCCAUGCAUCACAUGCUGGAUGCAGCCUACCUUUCAUGGUCCAUUGACUUUGUCAGCAUCUCCUUUAUCAUUACGUUUUUGCUUUUAAGUUAGUUUCUCUGAUAUGUGCAUUGAUGGUCAAAGCAGGGCAUAGGCAAGACAUAUCAAUCCGAAUGGUUUGUUUUACAUAUCGUUUAACUAAUAUCAUUUGUACGGGUGUUAAGAGACCACCAACAGUAACUGACCCAAUCUAAUUAAAAUUAUAUCUUCACAUCGCUCCCG